UUCACGUCCACGGCAGUAAGUGGGUCCCACCUCUUAUUUCCAUUGGUGAAGUGGCGCGCGUUUCUUUACAAGCCCUUAUUCUCUCUCUCUCUCUCUCACACACACACACUUUUACACGGUGAUGUUCCGGGGUUUUGUGUUCGCAGACAACAUUGAAGAAAUAUUUUGAUAUAAUAUGCAGUGAUUCAAUGGUACACUGAAGGUAAGAAACUCGCAGGGUGAGGCCAAUUUCAAGAAUUAGAGAUGUCACAAGAUAUAAGAAAAUGGUUCAUGAAGAAACACGAAAAAGACAGUGGGAACGGCAGUGCAUCAAAUCAGGCAAAGCCCUCGACACCAGAGAAAAGGCCUGGGAAAAUGGUAGAAGAAGUUCAAGAAUUAUCUGGCAGGAGGAAAACAAGCAAAUAUUUUGCUAAAGAUGGACAAGGUGUAAAAGAUGAGAUGGACGUUGAAGAAGCUCCUGCAAAAAAGACGGCAAAGGAGUUGGUCAGUAAUGUGAAGCCCCCAACUGGAAAAAGAACCCUCAAACUUGAGAAUGAUGACGAUGAUGAUGAUUUUGCCCCUACUUCAAGAAAGAGUUCAGUUUCUAUUACUCCAAACAAAAAGCUGAAAAGUGGUUCUGGUAAAGGAGUAGCUCAAAAAAUUGCUGAUGAAACUAAUGAAGAUGAUGGUGAAAAAAUAAAAUCUAAUUCAAAAUCCGGUGGAAGUGGUAGGGGUCGUGGUGCAAAAGGUUCUUCCAAAACUUCAAGUAUGGCAGAGAGUAUGGAUGUUGAUGAAGUUGAUGCAGAGGAUGUGGAUAAUAAGGAUGCUGAAUCGAUGAAACCUGCCGGAAGAGGCCGUGGUGGAAGAGGGGCAGGGGCGGCAGCUGGUGGGAGAGGCAGAGGUGGUGGAGGGAGGGGUGGAUUCAUGAACUUUGGUGAGAGGAAAGAUCCUCCUCACAAAGGAGAAAAGGAAGUUCCUGAAGGUGCUGCUAAUUGCUUAGAUGGUUUGACUUUUGUGAUUAGCGGAACACUUGACAGUUUAGAAAGAGAAGAAGCUGAAGAUUUGAUCAAACGCCAUGGUGGACGUGUUACAGGAUCCAUCAGCAAAAAGACGAAUUAUCUUCUAUGUGAUGAAGAUAUUGGUGGAAGGAAGUCUGAGAAGGCAAAGGAGCUUGGUACUGCUUUCCUUACAGAGGAUGGUCUGUUUGAUAUCAUUCGUUCAUCAAAUAAAUCAAAACCUGCUGCACAAGUUCCAAAUAAGCGGGUGGAUAAGGUUGCAACACCUGCUCCUAAAAAGAGCCCUCAAAAGUCGGAAAAAACUAAACAAGCUGGAUCAGAUACAAAAGGACCAGUCUCUGUAGCAGCUUCUCCCAAGCGAAAAAAUCAGCCUGCUGCACAAACUUCGCUGCCAUGGACUGAAAAAUAUAGGCCAAAGGUUCCAAAUGAUAUUGUUGGGAAUCAGUCAUUGGUGAAACAGCUCCAUGAUUGGCUAGUAAGUUGGAAUGAACAAUUCCUUAACACAGGAAAAAAAGAAAAGGGAAAGAAGCAGAGUGAUUCUGGUCCUAAGAAAGCUGUGCUGUUGAGUGGGACACCUGGCAUUGGGAAGACCACUUCAGCAAAGUUGAUUAGUCAGAUGCUUGGGUUUCAGGCUAUUGAGGUUAAUGCUAGUGAUAGUCGUGGAAAGGCUGAUGCUAAAAUUCAGAAAGGAAUUGGUGGGAGCACUUCUAAUUCUGUCAAAGAACUUGUUAGCAAUGAAUCCCUGAGUCAUAAAAUGGAACGCACUCAACAACAAAAGACUGUUCUUAUUAUGGAUGAAGUUGAUGGUAUGUCUGCUGGAGACAGAGGUGGAGUGGCUGAUCUUAUUGCCAGCAUAAAAAUCUCAAAAGUUCCUAUAAUAUGCAUCUGUAAUGAUCGCUACAGUCAGAAACUUAAGAGCCUUAUGAACUACUGCCUACUUCUUAGCUUCCGAAAGCCAACAAAGCAGCAGAUGGCUAAAAGGUUAUCACAUAUAGCAAAAGCCGAAGGCAUUCAAGUGAACGAGAUUGCACUUGAGGAACUCGCUGAAAGAUCUAAUGGAGAUAUUCGUAUGGCCAUCAACCAACUGCAGUAUAUGAGUCUCUCGAUGUCAGUAAUUAAAUUUGAUGACAUUAAACAACGCCUUCAAAGCAGUUCAAAGGAUGAAGAUAUUUCCCCCUUCACAGCUGUUGACAAACUAUUUGGCUUUAAUGCUGGAAAGUUGCGAAUGGAUGAGAGAAUCGACCUCAGCAUGAGUGAUCCUGAUCUUGUUCCUCUUCUUAUACAGGAAAACUACAUUAAUUAUAGACCAAGUUCAGCUGGUAAAGAUGAUAAUGGAAUGAAAAGGAUGAGCUUAAUUGCUCGGGCUGCUGAGUCAAUUGGGGAUGGUGAUAUUAUCAAUGUCCAGAUUCGAAGAUACCGGCAGUGGCAGCUCUCUCAGUUUGGUUCUCUUACGUCUUGCAUAAUUCCUGCGGCUUUGUUGCAUGGGUCACGGGAAAUACUUGAGCAGGGGGAACGAAAUUUCAAUAGAUUUGGUGGUUGGCUGGGAAAGAACUCUACCAUGGGGAAGAACUACAGACUAUUGGAGGAUCUGCAUGUUCAUCUUCUCACUUCUCGUGAAUCUGAUUUAGGAAGGGCGACAAUUCGACUCGACUGCCUUACUCUUCUUCUAAAACGGUUGACCGAUCCUUUAAGGGUGCUACCCAAGGAUGAAGCUGUUGAGACUGUUGUGAAGUUCAUGGAUUCAUACUCCAUUAGCAUGGAGGACUAUGAUACGAUCGUCGAGAUGUCGAAAUUUAAGGGGCAUCCAAAUCCAUUGGACGGCAUACAACCGGCAGUAAAAGCUGCUCUGACCAGAGCUUAUAACAAAGGCAGUUCACUGCGUGUGGUCAGGGCUGCAGACUUAGUCACAAUUAGUAAUUUCAAAAAAGCUCCAAAGAAACGAAUCGCAGCUAUGCUAGAACCUCUUGAAGGCAGUUUAGCCGAAGAAAAUGAAGAAGGAACCCCAUCUGAUGACGAGAACCAGGAUGAUGAUUUGGAUGAUUUGAAGAAGAAGAGCGUGGAAUCGAAUCUCGAGAGCCUAAACUCAAAGGCCAUUAAAGUAGAACUUGAGUUGAAGGGUUCUGGAAGUUCCGGCGCCAAAAAGGCGCCUGCAGGCAGAGGGAAGGGAAGUGCUGCAACUGCAACCUCAAAUCAGAGAGCGGGUCGUGGGUCUGGAUCCGGAUCCGGAUCCGCUUCCAAGAGAAAGAGAUGACCCGCAUAGUUAAGCGGGUUUUUUUCUGCCCCUAUUUUGGUUGUUUAUUGGGUGCAGAUUUAUGGAACUGUUAUUUGUGAAGCAGAUUCUGUUGUUUUAUUGAUCUGUUUUUUUUUGGGCCCUUUUUUUAAUUUUGGGUAAAUACAAGGAUUUGAAUUGUAUUUGUUUUAUAAAAUCUACGUAUUUGGUAAAAUUAACGUUUCAAAUGA